AUGGAAGUGAAGUCGAGAGCUCCUGGGAAGAUCAUACUCGCAGGUGAACACGCGGUCGUCCAUGGAUCCACGGCAGUAGCUGCAGCCAUUGAUCUCUACACUUAUGUCACUCUCCGCCUUCCGCUUCAAUCAGCUGAGAACAAUGAUAGGCUUACGCUCCAGCUCAAGGACAUUUCCUUGGAGUUUUCCUGGUCCUUAGCCAGACUCAAAGAAGCAAUUCGUUAUGAUUCAAGCACUUUGUGUCGUUCCACGCCAACUUCAUGUUCCGCCGAGACCCUUAAAUCAAUUGCGGUUUUGGUUGAAGAGCAAAAUAUUCCAGAGGCAAAGAUCUGGCUCACCUCUGGGAUCUCCACCUUUCUAUGGUUAUACACCAGCAUUCUAGGGUUUAAUCCGGCUACGGUUGUCAUUACAUCCGAACUUCCAUUCGGAUCUGGCCUCGGUUCAUCAGCAGCCUUCUGUGUAGCUCUCACAGCUGCUCUCCUCGCCUCUUCUAGUUCAGACAAAACCCAUUGUGAUGGUUGGUCCUCUCUCGAUGAAACCAACCUCGAGUUGCUGAAUAAAUGGGCUUUUGAAGGUGAAAAGAUCCUCCAUGGGAAACCUUCCGGGAUCGACAACACCGUCAGUGCAUACGGCAGCAUGAUCAAGUUCUGCUCAGGCGAGAUAACUCGGUUACAGUCCAACAUGCCUCUGAGAAUGCUAAUCACCAACACUAGAGUCGGGCGGAACACGAAAGCUCUGGUCUCUGGUGUGACAGAGAGAGCGGCUAGACAUCGUGAUGCAAUGAACUCGGUGUUCAACGCCGUGGAUUCUAUAAGCAAAGAGCUCGCUGCGAUCAUUCAAUCUAAAGAUGAGACCCCGGUUACAGAGAAAGAAGAGAGUAUAAAAGAACUCAUGGAGAUGAACCAAGGGUUGCUCCAGUCGAUGGGGGUUAGCCAUACCUCGAUCGAUACUGUGAUCCGAACCACGGUCAAGCACAAGCUGGCCUCCAAACUGACCGGAGCUGGUGGUGGCGGCUGUGUCCUCACUCUAUUACCAACUUUGGUUUUAGGGACUGUUGUGGACAAAGUGGUGGAGGAGCUCGAAGCCAUCGGGUUUCAGUGCUUCACGGCCUCGAUUGGCGGAAACGGGGCUCAGAUUUGCUUUUGA